AUGCCUUGCUAUGAUGAUGAUCGGCCAACGCAGCAAGAAGAGCUUCUAAUUCGAAAACUUGUUGAUAAUGUUGAACAACACGAACGAAUUCAAGUUCUUACUGAACUUAAAAAUUUAAUAAUCGGUUCAAGGCGAUGUAAACUAGCUUUUUAUCAUGCUGGUAUUCUUGAAAUUCUCAAUAAUUUAUUGAAAGAAUAUUCAUGUUUAAUAAGCAUAGAUAUUCUCGUAGAAAUUCUUGAUUGUAUAUCAUCAUUUGCUAAAGUCAAUAAUAAAAAUCUAUUAAAUCGUCUCAUUGAACUUGGAUUUAUUGAACAAAUAUUAAGUUUAUUAACGAUACAAAUCGAUUCAAAUCAUUUUUAUGAAUCAUGUCUUCGUUGUUUACGUUCAUUUUUUCUAUCAAAAAUAUUCUCAAAUCCAUAUUUAACUCCGACACCAUAUAUACUACUGAGUGAUGACAAUAAACAUGACACAAUCACAGUUUUAUCGGAAACAGAAAGUUAUCUAUCAAAUGAUAAAUAUUUACCCGUGAAUAUAUUAUUAGAAAAUUCUCAAAAUCUUGAUAUUUUUCCUCGCCUAUUAUCAAUAUCGAAAUCGACACAAAUCUCAAUCAUAGAAAUUUUAUGUUGUGCAUGUGUUAAUAAUGAACGACAAAAUCAAAUUGUAGAAACAGAUUUUAUUCAAUCUAUUAUGCAUCUACUUGUAGAAAAUAUUCUUUAUCAUAACAAAAUUAAUCUAGUCAGUGUGACCAAUGAAUAUCUAGUAGGCGUUUGUUUGAAAUUUUUUUGUUCAAUAUGUUACGAAAAUGCUGCUGUUGCUCGACAAUUGCACACAACAGUAUUCACUCAAACCAACGAAACAUUAUGCGAGAUUAUAUCAAGCCUAUUAAAUAAAACCAAUCAGCCAGUAGUAAUAUCAUAUUAUGCAUCGAAAUUUUUCAUUAAUCUUUGCAAAACAAAGGUGCUCUCAUGUGAUGAUUCAUUUGUAUCUCAUAAAUCAUUAACCACACUUGUUCAUUUAUGUACGAAAUCAACUAUAAAUAAAUCUAUUCAUUUGUAUAUUGCAUGUUUUGAUACACUUAUUUAUUUAUUAAAUGGCAACAAUACAUUACAUCAUACAGCAAUGUAUACCGAGCAAUUUUUAAAUAAAUUAUUUUGCUAUUUAUUCGCACCAACGAAAAUUUUCAAUGAAACUAUUGACGAAGCAAUGCUUAUACAAAUACGCACAUCAACGUUAACAUUACUUGCAGUUCUUUCAUCGUAUCAUGAAGAUAUUAAAAAACGAAUUGCAGAUCAAGACAAUUUAAUUUCAACAGCCAUCGAAUGCUAUCGUUCGAAUCAUCGGUCAUUACAAUUAGCAGCUCUUUGUUUAUUUCAUGGCUUAUCUCGAAGCGUACAUCAACUUCGUACAACAUUUAACGAUACUAUUUGUGAUGUUUUACUCGAUGCUGUUAAAUCCAGUGAUUUAUCUCUUGUUAAAAUUGCAUCAUCUGUUAUUAGUAAUACUGUAUUAGAAUUUUCUACGUGCCGAGCAAGAUUGCUGUCUGGUGGUAUUCUUGAUAUACUUCUUGCAUUUCUUACACAUCCAGAUCAUGACCUAUCUAUCAAUGGUAUGUGGGCUUUACGCAAUCUUUCUUAUUUAUCAACACUUAAAAUUAAGCAAGAUGUUAUUCAUGGAUUGACAAUAGAUCGUAUUUAUUCAUUACUGGAGCAAUGUACAGAUGAACGAUUUCUUAUUUGUCUAUUAUCGUUGUUACGUAAUAUUUUCAAUGAAAAAGAUACACAGAUAAUAUUACCAAUGUUUAAUUCAGUGAAAUUGCUAACAACGUUGCAAAAGAUGCGUGAAAAAAAUUAUUCAGUGGAAAUUUCCCGUGAAAUUCGUAUACUAAUUGAUCAUCUUAAUUCAAGCAAUGCUGCGCCUCGACAGCGAUUACCUUCAGAUCCGGUAAAUCCAAGUUGUCGGACAUCUCUAUUUCCUGAAUAUGCUUGCGAUGAAAUGGAUGAAUUAGAUUGUUUGUAA